GUAACAUAACCACAAAACGAGCAAACCACGUAGUAACCCCUUUAGUCCCAAAACCUCCAUCUUACUCAAUUUUAGUUUUUAGGGUUUAAGGUCGGAGAGAAAAUGGCGACAACGGGGAUUAGAUCAGCUAUAGCUUCAGGAGCAAGGUUAAUGGCGGUUCGAUCAAAACCCUCAUGUUCGGUAACUGUCACUGCUAAGUUAAUAGCUUCGCCAUUCUCAAACAAACCCAUUUCCUCUGCGUCUAGGUUGGCUUCAAUGUUGGGAAUGGUUGAGUCACAGAAGCCGCUUCACAGUGCAAUUGCUUCUGCUCGUCUAACGUCGAUUCUUGCUCUUGAUUCCAGCUGCUGGAGCUGCCUUUCUCUAGACUUUGCAGUUCCUCGGUGACCAGAAUCAAGAUGAUGUUGUAGUUUGCUUCCCUUGCUUGCUGGUGAUCCAAACUCUUUUCUGAAUCGUUGCUUACCCUCCCACCUUUUUAGCAAAUUGCCGGCUUCUUAAGUCCAUGGCUGUUCUCCCAUGCUCAUUGAUGUAAGUCAUUUAAGCUGGCAGAUAGCUGAAUACCACAUUUUCCUCCCUUGAACUUUCUUUCUCUUUUUUGGUUGGGAGGGAUAAUUCCUGCUGUAAUUUUUCUUUCAGAAUAGGCUCAUCUGCUUCUCUUUAUUCAUUUUGCAGUACUCUCUGCUCAUCGUUUUUCCA